GAACAGGUUGGACAGAGCAAAGUCGUCUAGUACUAGUACUAUGUUGUCUCCAUUUAGAAUGAUACCGACUUCGCCUCCUUGAUUUGAUAGUACACUCCUUUCUUUUGUAGCGAAUCUGAGACAUAGUUUUCCACUUCUAAGUUGCUGUUUUUGACCAAACAACUGACGCCCACCGCAACAUGGACGUCGACGAUGACGAUGAAGCCAAGAUGCUUCCUCCGCCUGCUCCCCCUGCCUCCAGUGACGAGCUCGUUGGAAUCGGUGUGGAGCGCAUGAAGGACUUGCUUCGGAUUGCGUAUGGUAAGUACCGGGAUAUCGAAGGCAAACACUUGGAUGAUGCGGAUCAUUUGUUACGGUGGUCAGUUUAGAUCCUUGAGUAAUUGAACAAGCUCGAACGCCAAGAACUGCCACGAACAGAUUUGAGACCUGUAGCUAUGGAGCAAAAAAGUAGUAAGCAUUAUGUAGACGUCAUGCAUAGAUACCUAAGCACCUCUAAUCCCACUAGACCAAAUACAAGACGAUCGGAACACCACUGCGGGUGCAUUCAGCAAGAAAGAGGUUCUGCGCCUGGUCGGUGUGCAGGAACGAGAGAUUGGGCGCGUCGUCUCUCACCUCUAUAGAACGGAUAUUGAUAGUGCAGGUGGGCAAAGCAGCAUGGGAGAUAGGGACACUACAGCACUCCAAUUGCAGAAGAUAAUGGGCCGUUUGGGCGCUACUGCAAGUUCACAGGCGCUUUUUUCUUUCCAACAGUCUCGGAAGAGCCAUGAUUAAGGCUAAAUGGCAUCCUCAAGUGCAACAUCCUUAGAACUGAAAAGACAGUGUCCCUUGAGGGGAACAGGACUUCAUCAAGGCACUAAUGGUGCAACUGCGCUACUACCUCUAACACCGCCGUCUCCUGGAUGACGACUACGCACGGCUCCAGCGCCAUUAUCAUGCUGCAUACAUCAGUCGCCUCGAAACCGAAAAAGCAGGUGGGCCAUCCUUCAUAGUAGGUGAUAAAAGUCAUCGUUUGACGCCAGAACGACACCUCAAAAGAAUGCAAACGGCUGAAUUGCUUCGAAUCUACAAUGAGAAGCUGAGUCACGUUUUACGGACUCGACGGGCACAGGUGAAAAUUCAAACCGCAUAUCUGGCCGAAAAACUCCUUGGAGACGUCUCAUGGCUUGGAGCAGCAGGACAGCCGUCAGGUGGAACGCGUACUUUAUUAUACCCUCUUUUUUUCGCCUAUUUCUGUUGUCGGUCGGCACGGGCUACAUUAAGUAGUGGGAGAUAGUUGUGCAAGAGGUGCUCAUUCAGCUAUCCCUGACCUCCUCGGCUCGCGCCUCUGUGUUUUGUACCUUAUAAUUCUAUUACUCCACCUCUAUCCUUGCUGAUAAGUACCCUUUUCUCUUUUCUAUCUUACUUCCUCUGGUCUUUCUUUUUUCUAGUUAGGUCUGCUCCACCACAGUCUAUGGCUUCACCUCUACCACUUCAUCUAGGGUUACCAUUUUACAACUAGUACUAGGUAGUAGUACUAGGUAGUAGAACUCUUUUAGUGCGGUCUCCUUCUCCUAUGUAGCACUUCCUAAGGCUAAACAUCUCUUUUCACAGUUCCCAAACUCCGCUACGGAGGCCUGGUUGCCGAGUAUUACGGGACUUUGCGUGUGGUUUUCCACGUAGCUGAAAGGUUUGAUGAGAAGUUGCUGCAACAGUGGGUGACGUCGUGGAUCGUAAAAAAAAUCGGAGAUAUACGCAAGACGGUUCCCACUAUUAAGGAAUAGUACAAGAUGUUCUGACAAUAGUGAAUAGGAAAAAGAAUGACAAGGAAGUACAAGAUCAUGUAUUGUGAAUAGGAAAAAGAACUACAAGGAAGUACAAGAUCAUGUUCUGACAAAUUAGAGAUGGUCUUCUAUUUACAUCUCCAUCUUCUUCUAACUCGAUCACUGCUGGUCGGACCAAAGGCGCAAGUGCAGCUGUAGGAACUGUCAUCGUCCGCGAAGACAGCGGUGCUGAGACAAGCGACACUGCUGCGGAUGAUAGCACGGACCAUCAGGCUGGUACUGACGUAGAUGGCAAGAAGGAUGACGCUGACAGUGCUUCUUCUCCAUCAAUCCAACAGAACAAGAAAAAGAAAUCCCCUACAAGCAAGAAGAGUCCUAAGAACAAAAAGAAGGGUGCUGGAAAAGGCGGUCCCAAGAGUAGACAACAGGGUGCGGCUGGAGCACUUGCGAUUACAGGCGAUAUAGGCGCUGAAAUUCGUGAGAACAUGCAAGAGCCCUUUCGUAUGCUGCGUACCGAACAAAGAGUGGUAGAAAUCUGCAGAGGUUUGAAGUUAUGGCAAGAACAAAAGAUCGAGCCUCUAAACGCCUUUGCCUGCACUAAUUGGCGAUCAUUUUCUCGUCUAUUUGUAUUUCCCCUCUGACGCCCCAUAUGCCUCUCUCUCUUUCUUUCUCCCUCCCUACACCCUUCUAAGGCAAGAAGUCUCCCUCUAUUUCCUCUUUCCCACAGAAGAGGAUGCAGAACUCGUAGCUGCAAGGAUCGGAAGAAGCCAGGACGAGCUAGGAAUCCAUGCUCCUGCCAUUGCAACUAGAAUAGGCGUUACAGAGGUCUUCUCGUUGCAAUUAUUGACCGAUCGGCAUCCUUGGUGGUCACCAGUCAUCGGAGAUACAUUUCGAUCUGGGUGGCUACCAGGUGUUUGUCCGAAGCGAAAACGACGCUCCUUUGCAUAUCAUACGGGUUUAGGCCUGAGUACCUGGCGCGUCGCCACAGUCGAAUUUAUGGGCUGGAUACGAGCAAAAGGAGAUCACGAUGAUGCGGUUGGGAGGAUGCGGUACUAGAGAAUAUUUAUCGUAUGUGAAUAAAAGUGCUUGUAAACAGAAAGUGCAGGCCCAUACUUCCUCUUCAAAUCGUACCAAAGCCCAUUUUGUGCUGAUUUUUGGCUAUUUCUACCCCCGUAAUGGAUAUUUCGGGACACUUUUCCUAUAUAUCUACCUUUGAUCGACCUUAUCUAGGCAGGGAUCGGUCCUCACCAAGAGCGCAGUCCGCAAGGCCAGUUUCGCGCAAGCGAUUCUGAUCUGGCGGAUAAUGACUCCCGUAACGGCUGAGGCUGGCGACAGAGCAGGCAAGAGGGGGCGCUGUGGUCAGUGGUAGGAUAGCUGGUCCGCUUUUUGCCCUUUUUUUCUCCACGGUUCGCUCCGCCUUGCUUUCCCCUCGUCCCCUUCAUACCACUUUCCUGGCCCAUGCAAGGUUAUCCCCUCUUGACCUGCUUCCUCACUUCUCUCUUGCCGUUCCUUUUGGUGGACGAAAAACGCUUCGAAUCGAAGGUGGAGCUGUCAUCUCGACCACUAUUCUACCUCCGUUGAUAACCACAUCCACAAAGACCUACACUACGCGAAUACUGUUGGAAAUAGAGCUUGUUCCCCUUGUAAUGGCCUCCAUUUUCGUACUUUCUACCCCCGUAAUGGAUAUUUCGGGACACUUUUCCUGUCUAUCCACCUUCGAGCGACACGCCUUAGGCAAGGAUCGGUCCUCACCAAGAGCGCAGUCCGCAAGGCCAGUUUCGCGCAAGCGACUCUGAUCUGGCGGAUAAUGACUCCCGUAACGGCUGAGGCUGGCGACAGAGCAGGCAAGAGGGGGCGCUGUGGUCAGUGGUAGGAUAGCUGGUCCGCUUUUUGCCCUUUUUUUCUCCACGGUUCGCUCCGCCUUGCUUUCCCCUCGUCCCCUUCAUACCACUUUCCUGCCCCAUGCGAAGUUAUUCCCUCUUGAUCUGCUUCUUCACUUCUCUCUUGCUCUUGCUUUUGGUGGACGAAAAACGCUUAGAAUCGAAGGUUGAGCUGUGAUCUCGACCACUAUUCUACCUCCGUUGAUAACCACAUCCACAUAGACCUACACUACGCGAAUACCCUUGGAAAUAGAGCUUGUUCCCCUUGUAAUGGCCUCCAUUUUCGUACUCUCUACCCCCGUAAUGGAUAUUUCCGCACUCUUUUCCUGGCGACCCCCUUUUAGACUUAGUACUUGCUUGGACCUCCUUCGGGAGUCAUCCGUUAAAAUUGGAACGAUACAGAGAAGAUUAGCAUGGCCCCUGCGCAAGGAUGACACGCAUAAAUCGAGAAGUGUAAACAAUUUUUUUUAAAUAUUUUCGGUUGAUUUCAUAGUUCAACCAUAAAAUAAAGCAUAUCUCAUGCCUUUUGAUAAACCUACGUGCUUCCACCUUCAUCCUAUCAUCGAUAACACACAGGCUCCGCCGCCACCGAGCCCUAGCCGAAUUUGAGCCGACGUCAAGAGUACAUGCUGUCCUCGUCUCGCCCCAGACAGGCGCUCCAGAACCCUUUAUCGAUCUGCUUCGACAGGGUGCACCGAUGACAGUAGAUCGCUUCCUCAGAUUAAGCCUACACGAAAUCCAUCUUCACAGGCAUCUUGGUCGUCCCCUUUUUUCAAAGAGACGAAAAGGAGGCCCAGCCAGAUGCUGCUGAAGGUGGGUCGCUCUUAGUUCUAAUGAGAGUGGUUUCGCUGGUGAGAGGCCUGCGAAGAUGGAUUCAAAGAGGCUACCACAAGCACAAGGACAAGUUCUCUGUGCAAAGGGAGAUAACGAACAUAGUGCAAGCAUGGCGCAUCUGCAAAGCGAAGCCGCAUAUUUUACUGCGGAAACGCGAGGCUGAGUUAUGGAGAGCAUAGAGAUUUUUCGUCGGUUGCUUUGAUUGAAAAAGAAGAAGAGCUGUAAAUAUAGAGCAACAUCAUGCGACUAUCAACAUUCCUAUCAUUCCCUGUGAAAACGACCAUGGCCUAUCCCCGUGUCCCGAUUCGUGUGAAAACAACCAUGGCCUAUCCCCUCCUCUCCCAUGCUAUCCCCUCCUCUCCCAUCCUAUCCCCUCCUCUCCCAUCCUAUCCCCUCCUCUCCCAUCCUAUCCCCUCCUCUCCCAUCCUAUCCCCUCCGCUAAUCCCAGGCAUAGCUCGGAGUAUCUUCAGAAGUGUCGACGCCGUUAGCUCAAGCUCCGAGGAACUUUCUGAGGAGGAAGGUGAGGAUCACGGAUCUCUUCGUCCAUCUCCGCCACCGCGACGAAGCAGCUCUGCUAAUAAGACAGGAACAUCAACAUCCUCAGAAGAAGAGGUACUAGUCUAGUAUCUUUUAACCAUGUUACUUUUGUUUUAACCAUGUUACUUUUGUUUUAACCAUGUUACUUUUCUUUUAACCAUGUUACUUUUGUUUUAACCAUGUUACUUUUGUUUUACUAGUCUAGUACCUAUAAUACCUCGAAGAUAAGUUGGAUUACGAGAUGAUAAAUACGAGAUGAAGAUAAUUUGGAUUUCUUGCUACUAAAUUUUAUUUAACCAUGUUACUUUUCUUUUAACUUCGAUGAACUUCUUCUUCUACUAGACGUCGGUAAGAAGGUACAUCCGCAACGCGGAAGCAGUAGCCUAAGCGCUAAGAACACUGUCUAAGCACGUGAAUACCUGGGAGUUGUGUUCUAGAAAAACAAGAAUAAAAGGAAGGGGUUGACGGAGUUCCAGGACUUCUUCUUCGUUAGAAGUCCUGGAACUCCAUCAACUUCUUCUUCGUUAAAAAAAGAGUUUCGCCGAAACACUUUAGACAGCUCAGUUAGGGUUGCUGAUGCUUUCUUCGGUUCUUCGCCUGCUUGGAACUUGCCAAGCGGUCGCUUCGUUCCCGAAGAACGCCCAGUGAUUCGUAAGCCCUCGUACGGAAGGGGUUGAUGGAGUUCCAGAACUUCUUCUUCGUUGGAAGUCCUGGAACUCCAUCAACUUCUUCUUCGUUAAGAUGAUAAUGUGGGGGGAAGAUACGUAUGCAGUUCUUAUUGGGGAAUCGGAGUUCUUAGUGGUCAGAAGGGAGUAGUGCAUAAGUAUGAUCAUGUAGGAGUGCAUAAGUAUGAUCAUGUAGGAGUGCAUAAGUAUGAUCAUGUAGGAGUGCAUAAGUUAUGACCGAAUACACUCCUACAUGAUCAUAAUAUGCACUCCCUUCUCACUGGGGAUUAUCAUCUUCUACUGGAACUCCACCAACGCCUUUCUUCAGGCAACUCCUCUCCUCUGCUAAGACACCUCCAUCAUCGUUUCCUACGAGCUAUUAAGGUCAAUAUCUUCUAGUAACUUCACCCAACAAGAACCCUUUUGUUCUUCAGGCAAGUCCGUCUCCCCUGGGUGCUACAAAGAAAGCCGCUAGCAACAAGGCAGACAACAACGAUGAUAACAACAACGAUGAGGAUGACGACAAAAGUCCUGAACCCUCGCUAGAAGCUGUCCGCAUCGACCCAGGCGAUGGACAAAAAUAUACCUUCAAAGAGGUGGUGGAGUUUUACAAGGGUCAAGCCACGCACAAGGAGAUCUUAGAUUACUGGUACGACACUAUGACUGAGAAGUAGCUCAGUCCUAGACUACUGGUAAUUGACACUAUGCCUGACAAAUAGUAGGUCUUCUGAGUGGAACAAGAAUGACCAAGCCUGUCGUUGAAGUGUCAAGAUCAACAACCCUUCCUACUUGUAAUUAACUUUGACUUUCAAAUUUCAAUUUCAUCUCAUUCUUAUGCAUUUGCAUUUCAGAAAAUCAAAAUGGUUUUUUUGAGAGAACAAAUAAAAUUCGAAUUAUACAACUUGAGUUCCUCGUUAUUUUCAGUUGUUCAUCCACGUCCGGCAGCACACAAUGAAUUGAGAGAUCCAAAACUGCAUUACUAAUGAAGUCUCUAGGUCGUAUUUUUUAAUUUUAAAUAAGAUUCUCUUACUUCUUUGGUAAGAUGAACUUUUUUAGUACCAGAAGUGAUUUGUUCCAAGAACAAGUGUUUGAGCGACGCCAAAACACACACAAAAAUAUCUGUUGAGACAAGACAAAUCUGAAGCGGUAAAUGCAUGCUGAGAAACGAGAAACGAGAUAAGAUAAGUCAUGAUUAACCAUGUUUUAACCAUGAAAAUUUCCCGGAUCAUUCUAAUGCAUGACGAAACUUCAUCCAUGAUUUUUAUACACUGGAUUAGACCCUGCUUAUACCAGGGAAGCAAUAGUAUUAUAAGGCAUGCGACCUCCCCGUAGCUAUAAUUAGAAAUUAAAGGUGCAACAUUCUACUGGUACACCGAAUGCCGAAAAAAGAUCUGGUCUAUUCAUAUUACCAGAAGAUAGUCUACUUCAAUGGUAGAUCUUCUGAAGAUGAAGCUUAAGAACCAAAGUCGAC